GGCAAUUGUGUUUGUGAUUUGUGUUUGUAUUUGGUUUUGUCUUUGGUGAAGCAAAGACAAUACAUCUAUGUGAUGGAUUUGGUGACAGCUUCUCGAUGUGGCAAACAAAAAGGCGAAACGAAAACAACGAUGACAACAAUGGCAGCAGCAUAAAAAAAACAAACCCAGUGGCAGCAGCUCAAACAAAUUUUUCACUGACCCAACGGCGGAGCAAGAACAACAACAAGAACCACAAGAACAACAUGAAGGGCAUGCCACAAUAUCACGACAUCACACGCAUAAAACUUGUUCGGAGUGAGAAAGUAAAAGAAGAAGAAGCAGAAGAAGAAGAAAGAUGCACUCGAACGAGAAAAAGCAAAUCCCUUUGA